AGGGGCCACCGCGGGCCGCUGGAGUCCGGGUGGUCACCCGCUCUGCCCCACAGUGAGGACGACGCUGCCACCGUGUACCGUGCAGCCGCCAUGCUGAACAUGACCGGCUCAGGCUACGUGUGGCUGGUGGGGGAGCGUGAGAUCUCGGGGAACGCCCUGCGCUACGCCCCGGACGGCAUCAUCGGGCUGCAGCUCAUCAAUGGGAAGAACGAGUCAGCCCACAUCAGCGACGCCGUGGGCGUGGUGGCCCAGGCGGUGCACGAGCUCCUGGAGAAGGAGAACAUCACCGACCCCCCGCGGGGCUGCGUGGGCAACACCAACAUCUGGAAGACCGGGCCGCUCUUCAAGAGGGUCCUGAUGUCCUCCAAGUACGCUGAGGGCGUGACCGGCCGCGUGGAGUUCAACGAGGACGGAGACCGCAAGUUCGCCAACUACAGCAUCAUGAACCUGCAGAACCGCAAGCUGGUGCAAGUGGGGAUCUACAACGGCACCCACGUCAUCCCCAACGACAGGAAGGUCAUCUGGCCAGGUGGGGAGACGGAGAGGCCUCGGGGCUACCAGAUGUCCACCAGGCUGAAGGUGCACCCCCGCGCCAGCCAUCCCACGAGGGGCAGCGAGGCCAGCGGCUGUGGGCAGGAGCAGGGUCUGGGGUCUGCGCACCCCUGGCACAGCAGAGGAGGCAGGCAGGUGGGCAGGGCCUCUUGCGCUGGGGCGGGCCCUGGGGCGGCGGUCCCCGAGAUGGCCGAGGGCGGGGGCCCAGCUCGCCGGUGGGGCCGAUGGCAUCCUGUCCCCGUCGCCCCACAGGUAAACAACAGCAAUAAGAAGGAGUGGAACGGGAUGAUGGGCGAGCUGCUCAGCGGGCAGGCGGACAUGAUCGUGGCGCCGCUGACCAUCAACAAUGAGCGGGCGCAGUACAUAGAGUUCUCCAAGCCCUUCAAGUACCAGGGCCUGACCAUUCUGGUCAAGAAGGAGAUCCCCCGGAGCACGCUGGACUCGUUCAUGCAGCCCUUCCAGAGCACACUGUGGCUGCUCGUGGGGCUGUCGGUGCACGUGGUGGCCGUGAUGCUGUACCUGCUGGAUCGCUUCAGCCCCUUCGGCCGGUUCAAGGUGAACAGCGAGGAGGAGGAGGAGGACGCGCUGACCCUCUCUUCGGCCAUGUGGUUCUCCUGGGGAGUCCUGCUCAACUCCGGCAUCGGCGAAGGCGCCCCCCGGAGUUUCUCAGCGCGCAUCCUGGGGAUGGUGUGGGCCGGCUUCGCCAUGAUCAUCGUGGCCUCCUACACCGCUAACCUGGCGGCCUUCCUGGUGCUGGACCGGCCAGAGGAGCGCAUCACGGGCAUCAAUGACCCCCGGCUGCGGAACCCGUCGGACAAGUUCAUCUACGCCACGGUGAAGCAGAGCUCGGUGGACAUCUACUUCCGGCGGCAGGUGGAGCUGAGCACCAUGUACCGGCACAUGGAGAAGCACAACUAUGAGAGCGCCGCGGAGGCCAUCCAGGCCGUGCGGGACAACAAGCUGCACGCCUUCAUCUGGGACUCGGCUGUGCUGGAGUUCGAGGCCUCGCAGAAGUGCGACCUGGUG